AUUUUUGUUACCAUCAGCAAGUGCCUCCCAAGCGGCAUCAGGCUCGUCUGCUACCGCUUUGCGCUGUUUUAAUCUCAAGGGGUUUCUUUUGAAGUGUUCCAGCCAUGGCUACCAAAGUCAUGCAUUUUAAUCAGAAGAAGCAUGUGAGCCACGUCAGCCAUCACAGCUCUCACACUACUAAGCAUGUUGUCAAGGAGCACUCUUCAAGGAAAUCAAGCUCUAGGUCAGUGAACCAGGUGCAGCACACCCACGACACAGAGGCUAUGGCUGAACCAGCCUAUACAGUGCCGGCGUUCAGGCAGAGGAGCGCCGAUGAGAUAGAGGAGUACCAGCGAGUGUCUAGUCAUGUUGGGAAAGGACUGGCUUCAAUUCAGAAGGAGCUCCACAGGAUGAGAGUGGCCACGAAGACCCAAGUGGAGAAUAUUGCGAUUAAGAGAGAGGUGCAGGAGAUGAUGCACAAGAAGGUGACGUUGAGUACAGAGACGGACAAAGCCCCUGACUUCCUGGUGGCUCUGAGGCCCCACACCGUGUGGGAGAAGACUCCUGUCAAGCUGUUCUGCACUGUAGGCGGUCACCCCAGGCCUAUUGUCAAAUGGUAUAAGGGAGGGAAACCUGUUGACCCACUGAGUGCCCCAGGAAAGUACAAGAUUGAGAGCAAGUAUGGAGUACACAGUCUGAUUAUUAGCAGGUGUGUGGUGAGUGAUACUGCUGAGUACAGCGCUGUGGCAACAAACACCCAUAGCUCAACUACCAGCAAGGCCUCUGUCACUGUCAAGAGACCAGCAGGAGGAGCCCAUGGGUCCUGCCAGCUUGUUGGUCAAGUGCCCCACCUGACUGUGAUUCACCACAGUAAGCUGGAGAUCACCAUGCUGGAUAGGUUUGGAGUGUCGUUCGGAACAGAGGGAGGCUCCAUCAGUCUGGUGUGUACCAUGGUGGUGGUUCCUGACCUGCCCAACGUACCACCACUGGCCCAGUGGUACAGAGACGAUAAACUGCUGAAGGCAGGGAAGUUGGCUGAGAUUAAGGUUGGUGGGGGCGCUGCCACUUUGACUUUGCCCCACCUGGCCAAGGAUGAUGAGGGUCUGUACACCCUCCGAUGUGGACGAAGGGACGGCACCACCGAGCACAGCGCCUACCUGUUUGUGAAAGAUGCUGCUCGCUCUGUGGCUGGAGCACCUGGUGCACCAAUCAGCGUCAAGGCAUUUGACAUCAACUCGGACUACGUCCUGGUUGUGAAACCCCCCAACACCACCAACGAGGCUGCCAUCACUGGAUACUUUGUGGGACAAACGUGAGUCUGUAGUGCUACCUGGUCCCAGUGUAACGACGCCCCAGUGCAGAUCUGUAAAUACCCCGUGCACGGCCUGAGCGUGGGUCACGCCUACCACUUCCGGGUCAGGGCUGUCAACAGUGCCGGGAUCAGCAGACCAUCCCGCGAGUCUGACAAGGUGACUGCCCUGGACCCAGCUGAGAGAGAAAGACUGCAAGUGAUUAAACUGGAUGGGAAACAUGAAAUAGUGAUUAAAGAUGAUGACCUGGAAGGUUACGUUACAUUGCCGGGAGAGCCUACAGAUGUGCAUGCCUCAGAGAUAUUCAAAUCAUAUAUCGUGCUGAGCUGGAAACCCCCCAGCCCUCGUGGACGGGCACCACUGUGGUACCUCAUUGAGAAGGCACUGGGGCUGCAGAGGAUCAACACAGCAGUGAAACUGCAGUCCCCUCGCUACCUUUUCGAUUUGGAAGCCGGGAAAAAGUACCAGUUCCGUGUGUAUUCAGAGAACUUGUACGGAGCCAGCGAGGCCUCUGAGCCUACAGAUCCCAUCGAAAAGGUGGAUGAGCAUGGUAAGAUCCCCAACAUGCAUGAGUUUUGCCUGUGUAGGUGUUCCUCCGCUCCUGGUCAGGUGGUUGCCACCAGGAGCACCAAGUCCUCCUGUGUUCGUGCAGUGGGACCCCCCAAACACCCCAACCACCUCAUGGGCUACUACAUAGAUGCCUCUUUGGUGGGAUCCAAGGCCUGGGCCCCAUGCAACCACAAGCCCUACAAGCACACCAGGUUUGUGGUCCAUGGACUGACCCCGGGGGAGACCUAUGUGUUCCGUGUCCAGGCUGUCAACGUCUAUGGCCUCAGUGAUGAGUCCCAGGAAUCUACUCCUAUUGCUGUGGAGCCCGCCCUCAAGAGGGGAGUGGAGUAUGCGACACCCAGUGCACCUCAUGGCAUCACCAUGCUGAGCUGUGACGGAGCCUCCAUGAUCAUUGCCUGGAAGAGCCCCAAGCACUGCGGUGGCUCCAAGAUCAACGCCUACUACGUCGACAAGCGUGAUGCAGACAGCCUGGCCUGGAAGGAGGUCAACUCUGCCCCCACCAAGACCAGGACCUACACGGUUGACGGUCUGACGGAGGGAACCUUCUACGAGUUUAAGGUCCAGGCUGGGAACCUGGCAGGUGUGGGCGUGCCCUCUGCUCCUAGCGCUCCUCUGAAGUGUGAGGCCUGGACUAUAGUAGUACCAGGUCCUGCUUAUGACUUGGCCUUCAGUGAGGUCAGAGGUGACUCCCUGGUCAUCCUGUGGAAGGCCCCUGUCUACACUGGCGCCAGUGCCGUCACUGGAUACAUCGUGGAGAUGGCCAAGAAGGGCCAUCACUACCACCCCCUGAAUGAAGAGGCUAUUGGCCACCGUUAUCUGCAGGUGACUGGUCUGGAGGCAGGAGCAGAGUAUACAUUCAAAGUGAAGGCUGUCAACGCUGAGGGCGUAGGAAAGGCCUCCCAGACGUCUGAGCCAGUGGUUGCCAAGGCUCUGCCAGGCACCCAGGAGAUCCAGUGUGGAGUGGAUGAGGACACUGGUGAUAUUUUCCUGUCAUUCGAGGCCUGUGAGAUUUCUGAGACCUCCAGCUUUGCUUGGUCUAAGAACUACAAAGAAAUCGGUGACUGUCCAAGAGUUGCCAUAGAAACUAAGGGCAAACAUUCUAAGCUGACUUUUGUCGACCCAGACGUGAGUGAUUUGGGUGCGUUCUCUGUGGUUGUGACUGACACUGAUGGAGUUUCUCUAGCCACACCCGUGACAGAGGAUGCCCUGAACACCAUGCUGGAACUCAGCUAUAACAUCAGACAUCCAAUUGUCCCACUGAAGCACCAACUGAACUAUGAGGUUCUAGAGAAGGGCCACGUGCGUUUCUGGCUGCAGUGCCUCAAGAUGUCACCCGCCGUCACCUAUAGGUUCAUUGUCAACGACAAGGAGGUCACCAGCAGUGAUAGCCACAAGAUCAGCCAUGACGUGAAUACCGGGGUGAUCCAGAUGACUGUGGAUCACUUCUCCAAGGCCAGCGAGGCCACCUACACCGUCCAGAUCCAUGACGGCAGAGCCAAGAACCAGAGCUCUCUGGUCCUGGUGGGAGAUGUGUUCAAGGCUGCCUUGAAGGAGGCUGAGUUCCAGAGGUCAGAGCACAUCAGGAAACAAGGUCCCCACUUUGCUGAGUACCUUUCCUACCAUGUGGAUGACGACUGUACUGUUCUGCUCGUCUGCAAGGUUGCCAAUGUGAAGAAAGAGACUGUGUUCCACUGGUUCAAGGAUGACGAGGAGAUCGUUCUGGAGACCCCUCCUAACGUGAUGUCUGGAUCUGUUGCUCUCCCCAUCUCCUUGUUCUCCAGAAAAGACCAGGGCCAUUACAAAGCUAAACUCAGUGAUGACAGAGGGAAAGACACUUCUGUCUUUGACAUUUCUGGCCAAGUGUUUGACGAUAUUAUCAACGCCAUUGCUCACAUUGCUGGGUCUUCUGCCUCUGAGCUGGUGCUUCAGUGUACCCCAGAGGGCAUCAGGCUCCAGUGCUACAUGAAGUACUACACAGAGGAGAUCAGGACUGCCUGGUUGCACAAGGAUAGCAAGAUCUCGUCGUCUGAGAAGAUGAGGAUCGCCGGCACAGCUGAGAUGGCCUGGAUGCAGAUCAGGGAUCCAUCAGAGAAGGAAAAGGGACACUACUCCAUCCAGAUAAUGGAUGCCACCAAGUCCCACACUCGCUCUUUCGACCUCUCCGGACAAGCGUAUACCGAUGCUGAGGAGUACCUGAGACUCAAGGCUGCAGCCUUUGCUGAGAAGAACCGUGGUAGAGUGGUUGGUGGUCUGCCAGAUGUGGUCACCAUUAUGGAGCAGAAGACCCUGAGCCUGACCUGCACAGUCUGGGGUGACCCCAGUCCAGAGGUCACCUGGUUCAAGAAUGAAAAUGAGGUAGUCUCCACUGAGCACGCCAAGAUUACGCUUGAGGCCAAUAAGUUUGCCAGCCUCACCAUCACCGCCGUCACAUCCGAGGACUCCGGCAAGUACAGCAUCAACGUACGGAACAAAUAUGGCGGCGAGUUUGUGGAGAUCACCGUGAGCGUCUACAAGCAAGGCGAGAGCCCCCCCGAGCCCAAAAUAGGAGGGAGAGGAGCUACACCUGCACCCCUGGCCUCCAAGACCCCUACCCCUGCCCAAACCCCCAUCCCCCAGACCCCCACCCCAUCCCUAAAGUCCCCCACCCCCACCGCCAAAUCCCCAACCCCCACCGCCAAAUCCCCAACCCCCACCGCCAAAUCCCCAACCCCCACCCCUAAGUCCCCAACCCCCCCUCGGCGUAUGAAGUCCCCCAGCCCAGCCAGAUCUCUCAAGUCACCAACCCCCCCUAGAAAGUAACCAGGGAUAUUGAUGCCUGAGAAAGAUUGAGGCAUUUAGUGCUACUGAUUUAUAGCAUGAGUUGGGUGAAACCAGAAGCUGUUACAUGAAGGUGUCCAUUUUAGAUGUCAUCUGUCAUAUAGCUGGUCACUGAGCAUUAACAGGCAAGAAAAUUUGAAAAAAGAAAUGACCAGAGUAGAUGUUAGUCAUAAGUGUUAAUCAUAAAAAAGCUGCACCUUCCAUUAUACUGUACUGUAUAAUGGAAUGUCUGCAGACCUGGGAUCAGCCUGCCUAGAGUGCCAGGUGGGCGGGAUUUGCCAUUGCAACAGACAAGCUUAAUCAAGCACAGCUUAAGUAUUUGAAAUUAUUUCAUAUAGUAUUUGAGCCCAGGUCUGAAUGUCUGUGUCCAUUUCUCUGUUGAUGGUGAAUGGAUGUCAGAGAGUGCAGACGGCAGACACACAGCCAGUGCCGUCCGCACUGCAGUCGCUAUGCCAGAGAAGUUAAGUUUGUCUGCACCGUGUUGCGUUUCCCCCUUUGCUUUGUGCUAGCAAUAAACCUCAUUUAUCACCUUC